UCAGUAACACAUGAGGAAUUGGCGAACUGUGUGGAAGGAGGGAGGAUCUGUAGAGUUCAGCAGCGGCGAGCUGCGGUUCAUUCUUCCUUCUCUUGUCACCCUUUCCAACUUCUCAUCCUGAAGCUCGCCUAGCUCCACCGGCUUUCAGAUACAAAACAAAGAAUUGUUUUGCACCGAGGCAGAACAGAUACAUUGAAAGAAUUAUCAGAAAAGAAUAAUACAUAGGCUGCCACAUAACAUCGAGCAGAGUUCCCUGUGCUGUACGGAAUGAUUGUGAACAACCUCUCUCUGUGCUACCACAACAAACUCAUCUUAGCCCCUAUGGUUCGGGUAGGGACUCUCCCAAUGCGGCUUCUGGCCCUGGACUAUGGAGCGGACAUUGUGUACUGUGAGGUGUUCACUGAAAGCAUCAGAAGACAAAAACACAGGAGUUUUGUGAGCCCUGCCAAGGAUCAGGAACCUGGGCUGCAUGGAGGCAUUGUGGGACACCUGGGCCAGGAGCUGAUCGACCUCAAGAUGCUUCAGUGCAAGAGAGUUGUCAAUGAGGCGCUCAGCACAGUGGACUUUGUUGCUCCCGAUGACCGAGUGGUCUUCCGCACCUGUGAAAGGGAGCAGAGCAAGGUCGUCUUCCAGAUGGGGACUUCAGAUGCAGAGCGAGCCCUUGCUGUGGCCAGGCUUGUAGAAAAUGAUGUGGCUGGUAUUGACGUCAACAUGGGCUGUCCUAAAGAGUAUUCCACCAAGGGAGGAAUGGGAGCUGCCCUGCUGUCAGAUCCUGACAAAAUCGAGAAGAUCCUCAGCACUCUUGUGAAAGGGACGCGCAGACCUGUGACCUGCAAGAUUCGCAUCCUGCCAUCGCUGGAAGACACCCUGAGCCUUGUGAAGCGGAUAGAGGGGACCGGCAUUGCCGCCAUCGCGGUUCACGGGAGGAAGCGAGAGGAGCGGCCCCAGCACCCUGUCAGCUGCGAAGCCAUCAAAGCCAUCGCUGAAACCCUCUCCAUUCCCGUCAUAGCCAAUGGAGGAUCUCACGACCACAUCCAAGGGUAUCUGGAUAUAGAGGACUUCCGACGAGCCACAGCAGCCUCUUCAGUGAUGGUGGCCCGGGCGGCCAUGUGGAACCCGUCCAUCUUCCUUAAGGAGGGUCCACGGCCCUUGGAAGAGGUCAUGCAGAAGUACAUCAGAUAUGCUGUGCAGUAUGACAACCACUACACCAACACCAAGUACUGCUUGUGCCAGAUGCUGCGAGAACAGCUGGAAUCACCCCAGGGAAGGUUACUCCAUGCUGCCCAGUCUUCCCAGGAAAUUUGUGAGGCCUUUGGCCUUGGUGCCUUCUAUGAGGAGACCACACGAGAGCUGGACGCCCGGCGGGCCAAACUUCUGGCCAGGAGCCCAGAGGAAGCAGAGGAACCAGCUGAAGAUACUUCUGGUAUCAUUAAGAUGGCCAUCAAGUUUGACCGGCGAGCAUAUUCACCCCAGAUCACCCCCAAGAUGUGCCUGCUGGAGUGGUGCCGGAGGGAGAAGCUAGCACAGCCGGUGUAUGAAACGGUCCAGCGCCCCCUGGAUCGCCUCUUCUGUUCUGUUGUCACUGUUGCUGAACAAAAGUACCAGUCUACCUUGUGGGACAAGUCCAAGAAACUGGCGGAGCAGGCUGCAGCCAUCGUUUGUCUGCGGAGCCAGGGCCUCCCAGAGGGUCGGCUGGGUGAGGAGAUCCCCUCCUUGCACAAGCGCAAGCGGGAGGCCUUUGACCAAGACCCUGGGGACCCCAGAACUCAGGAGCCAGCCAUGCCUGAGGAGCUGUGCAAGAAGCCUUUUGUAGCCUUGGCAAGUGGUCAAGAGAGCCCCCUGGAAGGCUGGUGACCACUGUCCUUCCCUGGUCAGCCCCUCCCUGGGCCUGGCCCUAGGAUGGCUGUGGGUGCAGAGCACCAGGCAGAUGCCAUUGGACAAUUUUCUGCCCCUGCUGGACAGGAAUUGAGAGGUUCUGGCUUGGGUCAGCAGCCUGGAGCAUAGGCCAAGGGGUGCCCAGAGUGUCCAUCUCCCUCAGUGGGUCUGAGCAGCAGAGCGACCUCAGUAUUUUCUUUGAAAACAGGAGCUCUCAGGUGGCACCUCCCCAACCUGACAUUGGUACAGUGCAAUAAAGACACCCACCACCCUUA